AUGGAAAACAAGGGAAAGAAUAGUAGAUACCCUUGUCUUCGGCUCACUACCCUGCUAGCUCUGCUAAUACUUGUUCAAAAGCUUAGCUCUAAUUCUGGUUUUGUAGGAGCCGAGAAUGGACAUUGCAAUGGGUCGAUAGGAGUGUGCAAUGAGAAUGGGGAGGAAAUGGCGAUGGAAUCGGAGAUAAGCCAGAGGUUACUUGGCUCGGUGAAGUACAUUACUGUUGGGGCUCUCAAGCCUAACCUACCAGCGUGCGGUGGUGGCGGAAGAGGAGUGCCCUAUAGCGGAAGCUGCCUUCCCCCGGCGUCCAACCCGGAGAACUGGGGCUGCUCCUACUACUACAGGUGUAGGAAGUGA